AUGAUUUUUCUGGAUCAGCGGAAGAGGGGGGAUCGAGUUCUUGUCCUCUCGUCAGUGAAUAAUAAAGAUGCCAAACGAAAUGGAAUCUCUAAUGUCCAAAAGAAGGAGCCAAGCUUCCUCGACCGAAUGUCGUGGCCACUUGUGAUGAUGGGUGACGAGAGCGAGAUGAAUCCUCAACAGCAGACCGAGAAAUUUCGAGUCUUUAACGGGAGAGAGCAGUUCCCAUCGUCGAACGCGUUGCACAUGGUCACGGCGAUGCUGAUAUGGCUCGGCGCAAUUCAUUUCGACGCCAUACUCGUCCUCUUAGUUGUUGGCUCGCUUGUGGCUUGUGUGGUGAUUCCCAUAGAUGAUCAAUGCAAAGUUGGGCGAAAGUUGUCGAGGUACAUAUGUAAGCAUGCUUGCCCUUAUUUUCCACUGACUCUGCACGUGGAGGAUAUGACAGCCUUUGAUCCGAAUCAGGCUUAUGUAUUCGGCUAUGAACCACAUUCGGUUCUGCUAAUUGGUGUCAUUGUUCUGACUGACUUCACCGGGUUCAUGCCUCUCCCCAAGAUUAAAGUCCUCGCAAGUACUGCGGUCUUCUACACACCGAUUCUGAGGCACAUCUGGACAUGGUUGGGUGUCACACCAGCAACAAGGAAAAAUUUCAGUUCCCUUUCGGAAGCCGGUUAUAGCUGUAUCAUUGUGCCCGGUGGCGUUCAAGAGACGUUUCUUAUGGAGCAUGACUUCGAGAUUGCAUUCCUCAAAGCUAGAAAAGGAUUCGUUCGCAUAGCAAUGGAGACGACGCCUCUAGUUCCAGUGAUCUGCUUUGGUCAAUCGCACGUCUAUAAGUGGUGGAAGCCCAGUGGGAGGAUUUUCUUGCGGAUCUCCAGGGCUAUCAAGUUCGCCCCGAUUUUAUUUUGGGGAAUCCUUGGGUAA